AGCGGGAAUGUGUUGACUGCCCUGUGAAGUAAAUAAAAACAUCUCUGUCUCUCCCUCUCUCUCCUCCUGAACCCAUCUUCCAGGAUGAGUUAUUCCAACGUGACGGCAGGCGACCCAUCUCUGAACUCCACGACCCUAGGUACUUCAGGAGUCCGUCCCCUCUGGUACUUUCUGGACAUAUGUGAGCCCGCCCCGUACGCGUUUGUGUUCUACUUUGGCGUCAAGGUCUUCAACCUGGCGAUCGGCACGCCCUUGAACCUGAUGGUCAUCUGGCUGAUCGCCCGCAGCAAGAAGAGCGACUCGUCAACGUCGGACAUCUUCAUCAUCAACCUGGCCAUCCUGGACGCCUACUUCUGCCUCAUGACCCCCAUCGACAUGGUCAACCGGUUGGUCCUGCAAAACGACGGCUUGUGGUACUUCCAGCACUUCGCCUACGGGGUCAAGGAUACCGCCCCCGUCUUCCUGGUGUGCAUCUGCAUGGACCGCUACGUCGCCGUGGUCCACCCCGUCCUCUUCACCGGCAUCCGCGACAACAAUAUCCGCGCGGCCGUCGCCGUGGUGGCGUGGUGCCUCAUCCUGGUGUACGGCCUCACCAAGAGCAUCCUGGGAGUGAUGAGCGUCAACGAGAUCUUCAGCGGCCUCAUCCUCUUCAGCUUCGCCCUCAUGAUCUUCUGCAACAUCUGCGUCAUCUGGGCGCUGAGGCGCUCCGUGGCAGGUAAGGAGGUCAUGCACCCCGUGAAGAAGAAAGCCCUGAAGAUGGUGCUGACCCUCCUGAGCAUCAUCGUCUUCAACUACCUCCCCCCGGUGGCCCUUAUGCCCUUCUACUCCUACUUCACCGUGGCCCAGUUCCGCUGCCAGGUAGCCACUAGCGUGUUUUCCAUCAUGGACCUGAGCAGCAGCAUCGAGCCCCUGCUCUACGUGACCAAGAUGGACCGGCCGGCCUGGAUGGGGGAGGGGGGGUGCUGCGGGCUGUUUGCCCCCAUGAAGAAGCUCCAGGAGGUGAAGACGUCGGACGAAAGAAAAGAAGAAACUUUUGAACACGCAAAAUGGAGAUGGAGCAGCUACGGAGGUACGGAGUCAACGGAGGUACAGUGUCGGCUAAAGAUUGAACAGCUAAAAGAGGCUCCCUGGGGUUCCUUCCACCGGAGUCAGAAGGCUUCCGGCUGGCCCCGACGGACCUCACCUUCCUGGGGGAAGACCCUCGGCCGGCACGCCGGCCUCUUCUCCAGGAUCGUGCGUGGCGAAGAGCAGCAGUGGAGGGUGUGGGAGGACCGGGGCCACGUGGCGUUCCCCACGCCCUUCCCCAACUCCCCCGGGCUCACCGUGAUCGUCCCCCGCCGACCUCUGACCUCCGACAUACUCCGACUCGAAGAGGGGGAUUACACGGAGCUCGUUCUGGCAACCCGGAAGGUGUCUCUGCUCCUGGAGGAGGGGUUGGGGGCAUGGGGGGUGGGGCUUAUCUUCGAGGGGUUUGAGGUUGACUAUGCCCACGCCAAGUUGAUCUUGCUGAUAGCACCUCCAGCAGGAGAGGAGGCGGGCCCCAUCGCCAGCCUGCCUCCACCCCAGUUCUACCCUGUCUAUCCUGGGUACGUGAGCUCUGAGGAUGGGCCUGAGGCCAGCCCGGAAAGCCUGAAGGGAGCUACAGGUUAGAAUCACGCAGGCUUGAGAGACAGCUUGAACUACUGUGGCAGUUGGUGUGAGGAUUCCAUAAGCGUGGACUGAAGCUUCUGGAAGCGACAAAAUUAUUCCAAUUAAGACAAGUUCCUCAACCGAUAUAUAUGGACAAGUUUAUAUUUUUUUCAAGUUAAAUGUAUUAAAUAAUUUGAUGUUUUUUGUAAUUCAUCACUUUAUUUAACUUGUAUUAUCACAAUGCACAUUCAAAGACAAUCAUUACGAUACAUUGCGUAUACAAUAUAUAAUAUCUUUACCAGACUAACACCACUGAACUGUACUCUGUUGGUUGUCUCCAAUCAAAAUGGACAGAACAUUGAAAAUAAACAAAAACAAUGAAAGAUCCAACUCUGUAGUUACUCUAAAUUCCACUGUUCCCAAGAAAGGCUGCCAUUAAUCUCCUAUUAUAUGCCUUAAUGUAGACUCCUCCAGAGUCAUAACUUCCUACCUAAACAUCACCGUCAUCCUGGUUAUAGUGGUUUUCUAUACUAGUUCAACCGAGUUAUUAUCAACAGCAUUGAAUUGAGCCCAUCUGUUUUCUCCUUAACGAGGCUCUGUGCUGCCCUUAAUUGGCUCCUAACGAGGCUCUAACCAGCCUCUGAUUGGUCCCUCUGGGGUUUAAUUAAGAGGUGUCCUUAAUGAGGAAUUAAGUGGUUAUUUAAUGUGGCUAUAUUCACAACGUUUCCCCAUGCAUUAGCUAAUAUGCUGCAGAGAGAUGGCACGACUGUGAACAAUGUUUUCGCACAACCAGUCUCUCUCUUUUACUUUCUCUCUCUCUCUAAUUUUAUCUCUCUCUUUU